AAUUCCUAGGUGUUGUCAUCGUCGCGUUCUUUAGUUUCAGACUGAGCAGGCGGAUUUUAACAGUACAUAAUGAGGCUCUAACCGCAGAUCCGUCGUUCUUUUUCACGUAGAUCGCUAGGGGAAUCGUUUUUUUACACUUUUACACUGAAAGAUCUUGAGACUUGUCGAACAAUAAAGUCGUAUCCGAACCGAAAAGCCCCGAGAUCUGAGCCAUGGAGGAGAGGAAGGAGGAGGGGGAAGCGCAGAUCCAGGAGCACGGCCCGGAGCAUUGGUUCUCUAAAUGGGAACGACAAUGUUUAGCCGAGGCCGAUCAAGAAGAACCGAGUGAAGAGGAGACAGAGCAGUGCCCGCAGAAGCUAUGGCACCUCUUCCAAAACUCCGCCACGGCCGUAGCACAACUAUAUAAAGAUAGAGUAUGUCAGCAGCAGCAAGGCCUGUCCCUCUGGGUGCCCUUCCAGAACGCUGCCACUGCUGUCACUAAUCUAUACAAAGAGAGCACAGAGGCCCGUCAGCGUAGCUAUGACCUGGGCAUACACUUGGGCUGCCAGCGCAGAAAUAAGGAGGUGAUCGCCUGGGUUAAGAAACGCAGAAGAACCAUCCGGCGUGAAGACCUCAUCAGCUUCCUGUGUGGAAAAGCCCCGCCUCCUCGGACAGCUCGAGCCCCGCCCAGAGUGUCUGUGGUGUCAGCUAAUCGGCCCGCCCCCCCAGAGACAGGAAGCUCUGUGGAGACAGACCUGCAGCCUUUCAGAGAGGCCAUCGCACUGCAUGGUCUCAGUGGUGCUAUGGCAAGUAUCUCUGUGCGCUCUGGCCCCCCUGGCUCCCCAACUCACCCCGCUCAGUCCCUGGGCCGGCGCAGGAAUGGCCUACACGAUGUGGACCUGAACACUUUUAUUGCCGAGGAGAUGGCGCUCCAUUUGGAUUCCACUGCCAACCGCAAACGUGGCCCUGCCCCCUGUAGUGACGUCAUCACAGACUCCCCCACUCAUAAACGCAACAGGAUGCUCUAGACUCUGCUCCUGUGCCAUGGACAGCUGAUGAAGACUCAUGCCUUGGCUCUGAUACUGAUACUAAUAAUAAAGUCUGACUUUAGAUGACACGCGUUCUCUUCUCUGCCCCUGGUCUGAGCCUGGCCUCCUCUGGAGCUCUGCCCUGGACAUCUUCUGUGGAGGGUCUUCUGGGGCUCUCAUCUGUCACAAUGGUAACACAUUGUUCUUAAGCUGAGGAGCAGCCCAGCUUCCACCAACCAGUGUUCACUUCCAUGCAGCACAGCAGCCAGUGUUCUGGCUUGUGCUUCCACAGCAUGAUAAGUUUGUCAAGACGCACAAAUGCAAAUGAAACAUAGAAGUUUAGUUCUGUCCUUGGGACUUGUCAGUUUAUCUCUCCAUAAUGUAUAACAAUGCUGUGCAAGAUUCCAAGUUUCAUGUACAAACAAGGUUUAAAAAGUAUACAUCCAAGUAUGAGUAUACAACAUUCAGAUUAAUUUAUUAAUUUGUGUGAGUAAGUCUGAUGUUUCUAAUUAGUGAUGUCAAACAUGUCUCUAACCUGGUACUUGAAAUGUGAUGUGUAAUCAGUUGCUAACUGGUCUGGGACUAGCUCAACCGUAUUCUAAUGUAGCAGUCUUUGAACAGUGUGUCCACUGGUUUAAAGGCCUUAUAUUGGACAUGUCAUCACUUACAUUAUACAGAUUAUUGCAGCUGUUUGGCAAAAAUGCAUACAACGUUGCUCUUGCUUUAUUGUAAAAUAAAAGUCAAAUAUCACCAUUCUGCCUUUUUCUAUAUAACAAUCAUUAUCUGAAAUGAACAUGACUUGGUAAUGGGUGAAUUACUGGACACCUGAGUAGCAUCCUGCUUGGUGGAAACUGGGCACACCCCCUCCUGCUCUGCCAGGUCAAAGGAGCAGGCCUAUCCCCAAAUGUUGCCCUCUGAGUGGGCAACUCUGAGCAGACAGCCCCUCACGCUUGUACCUGCUGCUCCACUUGCUCCACCACUCCACUGCCAUCAUCGGACUCUGCCUCUGCCGACGCUGCUAAACCCGCUCCCAAUACUCUGUGUGUGCGUAUGUGUGUGUGAGAGAGUGUGGGCUACUGGGCUUCAAAUUCCACAAAUAGUUUUUAAAAUUCUGUAUUAGUAGUUGUAACUUGUAGCCAGGGCUGCACACUAUGACACAAUGCCAUUAUCUUCUGGAUGAUUAUUACAAUAAUUUGAGCAUUAUAAUUGUAACAGUUACAUUUAAAUAUAAUUCAUGCAAGAUUAUGGCAUGCCUCUGUCAGAUGGAAUACUGCAGGGAAAAAUUAAAAGUGGAACUAAACACCUACACUCCACCUACACUCCGAUGGAGCUGAUGAACUGGGAAGUACCUGAAGGACUAAGGGCAAAGGGGGAUUUUUAUUAUUAUUUUUUAAACCAGAAAGCACCUAGUUUGCACAAAAAAAUUACCAAAAAGAACAAAGAACAGCAGACAAUUCUAUUCAAACACCAUAUACACAGUUUAGUAGCAAAACUGAAAACGUCAUUUAGUGUUUAAUUCCGUUUUAACAUUACUACAAUACACUUUUUUCCCAUAUAUUUGAAAUUUUGUCAUAGUAUGCAGCCUUUCACAACUUGACUAACACUAGUGAUGACAAAGCAAGACGUUGUCGGGUUAUUGUUAUUGGUUUAUUUUAGUUUUCAACAAAGCUUUACUCUGCAGCUCAGUACGGCAUAGUUUGGAACUGUUUGGGAUGGGCAUCUGGAGUAAUAAUCUGCCAAAUGAUCACACAAGAGCAGUCUAUUGAAAGUUUGAUGAUGGCGACUGGGAUAAACAUGUAAAAACAUUCAAGUGCCAAUAAUGUUUUUAUAUUUAAAGAUGGACUCACUGUGUCAUUCCGUGUUAAAGGGCCCAUAUUACACUAUCAAUGAUCCAUGUUCUAUUGCAGGGGUGUCCAAACUUUUUUCAUCAAGGGCCACAUAUCUAAACACAGACCAAGCAGAGGGCUGAUCACUGUAUUGCUCAAUACAGUGAAUAAUUCAAAUAUGUGCAUGUUUAACAGGUUAGAAUGAGCCAUCAGUCUUUAUUCAUGCUAAGAUCCUUAAAACCACACACUAAAUAUUCAAUAUUAGUUUUAAUCAUGGUAGAUUUUCAAAAAACCUGCAGUAAAAAGUAAAUUUUUAUUUGAUGUAAGGUAAUUUGGGCCAAGUCACCUGGAAGCCUGAGGGCCAAGAAAAAUUUGUCCAAGGGCCGCAUUUGGCCCACGGGCUGUAGUUUGGACAUGCCUGUUCUAUUGUUUCCUCAUCACAAACAGACUAGGAGUUGUGUUUUGUUUCAUUCAUACAUGUUUAACACACACAAACCCUAAAAGUAACCCUAAAAGUGCAUAAAAGUUCCAGAUUUGAUCCCAGGGUCACAAAGGCCUUUCUAUGUGGAGUUUGCAUGUUCUCCCCGUGUGGGUGUGUUUCCUCUGAUUUCCUGUACCAACCCAAAACACGCACAAUAGGCACAAUCCUCCAGCCAAGGUAGUAUUGACUUAACAUGGGUCCCUGGGCAUAGCAUUGCAGCAAUCACUACUCCUGAUGAGGUGCCCCAGUGACAUUGAAGGAUGGGUCAAAUGCAGAGGACAAGUUCCCUUAAAGAGAGCUUUGGAGAUUUGAAGACUAAUAAUAAAGGAUUAGUCAAAUGUGUGAAUGAAGCGAUACCAUUCCAGGUAUUUUUUUGAUGAGGGAACAACAUUCUAUCAUGGCUUAAAGCUCUUGAGAGUCAAUUUUGUGUAAUAUAGAACCGAUAAAUUGGGAUUUUAAAACUGAAUGAUAUGCACCUUUUUGAAUCCAUGGUCCAUGCAUUUCAGAACAUGUUUGUAGAAGUCUAAACUACAUGAUUAAAACAGAACUAGCUCAUUUUAAACAGGCUGCAGCGGUCCAAAGUUAUUCCGCACUUACCUUAUGCAUUCUGAACAUCCUAAUCAUUCACAGUGAUGAGUUUAGACGCCCUUUUCAUGACUCUUAGAGAACUAACUAAAAACAACUAGCAUGCAAACAUGGAUUUAGAUUAUUCUUGCAACCCACUUCUCCAGUCUAGACCUCUAUGAACCUGCUCUGAAAACAUGCACGUGUUUAUAGACUGAAAUUUCUUCUCAUAUUAGACGUCUGCAUUUGACUCAACUUUCAACAUGAUCAGAUUUAAACCCAAAUAUUAAAUCCCAAGUAAAAUCCUUCAUGUGGAUUUUCUGAUGAAAUGUUCCCUUUGAGAACUAACUGAUAACAAAACGAUGCCGUAUUAAACUGCGCUGUACUGCUUUGUGUUUUUAAUUUAAUUUUAAAUUUCAAAUGACAUGUUUACACCUUGCCCGUUCAUUUCAAAUCCUCUGUGGAUAGAGGUGGGUAGUAUUCAGUUCAUAGACUGUAUAAAGAAGUGGACUAAAUGAGUGUGACGUCACCCAUGGCGUUCGGCUCCAGUCAAAUGAAGCUCAUGAGGGUAGCAGUUACAGGGGUGAAUUUGAAGCUGAGUUCUAUAUUAGGAAUAGGAAUUUAUUUACUUGAGGAUCAUGUAGAAUGGAUUACUACAGACAAUUUAAGAUCACAAUGACGAGGCUCAUUGCGGCAGUUACAAUUUUUCAAUGUUAAGUCAAUUGGAACCAGAGUAAAUGGAGCCAAAAGCGCCCCCAUGCACACUUCCUAUCUGGAACGCGUCUAGUGGGUUGGCUAUGUCCAUUUAUAUAUACAGUCUAUGAUUCAGUUACUAAUUUACUCGAGUAACUUUGUGUUGUAUCUUUUGAAAACACCAAAGUAUGUGCAUUAUUAUUUCCUAUUUUAUUACAUUAACUUCAAAUGAUAAACCACAUGUCACUUAACAGCAGUUACUCUUACUUGGCUAGCACUUUCCCCAAAUGCUUUUUUUACUCUUACUUGAACCACUAAUUCUACUCGAGUAAUGUUAUUUGAAGUAACACACUACCCACCCCUGUCUGCAUCUCUAGUCUUCUGCUGGAUGCCCUCCUCCUCCUCCUGUCUAGCCACGUUUCCAUGACAUCAUUUGUGUUGGUUGAUCCGGUGGAAUCUAUUGUAAAUAUAAGGCGAGCUGGUGCUGUCUAUUGUGGUACAUAGUGUAAAAAAAACUCCUUGUACAAUCUGACAUUAAAAACAAUGCAAGUGUUA